CGUGCCCAGCUCACACACAGCUUCUCUACCAUUGCCAGACCAACGACGCGCAAACUCGUCUCGUCGCCUGGGGGGGAUCUGCUCGGGACAUCCGCCGGCCGGUCCGCUCCGCUCCUCCUCGAUCGCCAUGGACGAAGCUAAGGUUGUGGAGACCAAGGAUGGAACUAUCUCAGUUGCUUCUGCAUUUGCUGGUCACCAAGAAGCUGUACGAGAGAGGGAUCACAAGUUUUUAUCAAAAGCGGUAGAAGAAGCUUACAGAGGAGUUGAAUGUGGCCAUGGAGGCCCAUUUGGUGCAGUUGUUGUCCGUAAUGACGAAGUAGUAGUUAGUUGCCAUAACAUGGUUUUGGAUAAAACUGAUCCUACUGCGCAUGCUGAAGUAACUGCAAUAAGAGAGGCUUGCAAAAAGCUUGGAAAAAUUGAGCUAUCUGAUUGCGAAAUGUUUGCAUCCUGUGAACCUUGCCCUAUGUGUUUUGGCGCUGUUCAUUUAUCCCGGAUCAAGAGGCUGGUGUAUGGAGCCAAGGCAGAAGCUGCUAUUGCCAUUGGUUUUGACGACUUCAUUGCUGAUGCUCUGAGAGGGACUGGAUUCUACCAGAAAGCUAACAUGGAGAUAAAGCGCGCAGAUGGCAAUGGAGCCCUGAUUGCUGAACAAGUCUUUGAGAACACUAAGGAAAAAUUUCGAAUGUACUAAUGUAUAAGUAAAGACUUGGGAUUUCACAUCAGGAAAGCCCCUGUUGCUCAGUAAAAUAAUAAUGUGAUUGUCAACAUUCUGUCAUUGGUGAUGGACCACAAACUAUCAACCUGAAUAUACUAUUUGAUUCCCACCAUGCCUCUAUUUCUGAGAAAUAUGAAUGUUCUUGUUUCAUGUGCA